GUCAGGCGGGCAAAGGAUACAGUCCCGGCUCCAGAACGCCGCGGCACCGGGGCGGGAGGGGCCCGCCACGUCCGCCAUCUUGAAACAACCGCCACUCGGGGCGUCGAGCCGGGGCCGCCACGCCUCGGCCUGCAGGCUCGGUCCCGAUUGGCCGCACCACGCAGAGGCCCGCCCCCUCCUGCGCGGCCGGCCCUUGCGAGGCGAGAGGGUCGGAGCGAAAGGGAAGCUGCGUCCCGGAGGUGCGGUGUGGGGCACCGGGCGGGGCCGCGGGAAUCGGCGCCCCGCGGAGCUGCUGCUGUCAGACCAACCCCGGGCCCCUAUCAUCACUGCGCCGCGCUCUCAGGCGCCGAGAACUACAGUUCCCGGCAUGCCAUGAACUUGGCCUCGGCGCUGAGGCGGGGUCCGGUCCUCUACCCGCUCCCGCCGCGCGCGGAUCGGGUUCGCGAGCCAUGGAGGAGGAAGCGUCGCCCCCGGGGCUGGGCUGCAGCAAGCCGCACCUGGAGAAGCUCACCCUGGGCAUCACGCGCAUCCUAGAAUCUUCCCCAGGUGUGACAGAGGUGACCAUCAUAGAAAAGCCUCCUGCUGAACGUCAUAUGAUUUCUUCCUGGGAACAAAAGAAUAACUGUGUGAUGCCUGAAGAUGUGAAGAACUUUUACCUGAUGACCAAUGGCUUCCACAUGACAUGGAGUGUGAAGUUGGAUGAGCACAUCAUUCCACUGGGCAGCAUGGCAAUUAACAGCAUCUCAAAACUGACUCAGCUCACCCAGUCUUCCAUGUAUUCACUUCCUAAUGCACCCACUCUGGCAGACCUGGAGGACGAUACACAUGAAGCCAGUGAUGAUCAGCCAGAGAAGCCUCACUUUGACUCUCGCAGUGUGAUAUUUGAGCUGGAUUCAUGCAAUGGCAAUGGGAAAGUUUGCCUUGUCUACAAAAGUGGGAAACCAGCAUUAGCAGAAGACACCGAGAUCUGGUUCCUGGACAGAGCGUUAUACUGGCAUUUUCUCACAGACACCUUUACUGCCUAUUACCGCCUGCUCAUCACCCACCUGGGCCUGCCCCAGUGGCAGUAUGCCUUCACCAGCUAUGGCAUUAGCCCACAGGCCAAGCAAUGGUUCAGCAUGUAUAAACCUAUCACCUACAACACAAACCUGCUCACAGAAGAGACCGACUCCUUUGUGAAUAAGCUAGAUCCCAGCAAAGUGUUUAAGAGCAAGAACAAGAUCGUAAUCCCAACAAAGAAAGGGCCCCUGCAGCCUGCAGGUGGCCAGAAAGGGCCCUCAGGACCCUCCGGUCCCUCCACUUCCUCUACUUCUAAAUCCUCCUCUGGCUCUGGAAACCCCAUCCGGAAGUGAGCACCCCUCCCUCCAGCUCUCUACCAGCUCCAGAGUGGUGGUUUCCAUGCACAGAUGGCCCUAGGGGUGACCUCCAGUUUUGCGUGUGAACCAUAGGCCUUUUUCCAGCUGAAUGACCAAAAUUGUAAGCCUUUUAGUCCCACUGACAUUAGCCAGACUCCUAGUGAGGCCUUCAUGGCACAUUGUGCUGUCCCCUGCCUCUGGAAGCAAUGGGGAAUUUGGGAUCUUGUUUAAGUGCCCAAAUAAGAGUGUUCUCCUCUUCUUCAACACUCAACCCUCAAUCCCUUAGCACUGAUUAGAGAAGUCCCCCAAAAAGAAACUACUGGUUUUGACCCAUGAAGCAUUAGAACUGCAUCAUUCAUUCAGGAGCCACUAGUCACAUAUGACUAUUUAAAUUUAAAUUAAAUUAUAUGAAAAAUUCAUUUCUUCAGUUGCAUUAGCCACAUUUCGAGAAUUCAUGUGGCUGGUAGAUUCUGUAUUAGCACAGAGAUAUGGAACAUUUCCAUCGCCACAGAAAGUUCUGUUGGACAGCACUGCAUUAAUAUUUGCACACUGCUCUUCCUCAGAUCAAUUAAUUUUUGUUGUUAAAUAAUGUUGAUGUCUUCAUCUGAUGGGUCAUAAUGUUCCAUGAAACCUCUCAAAUACACAGUUGUAUGUUCUCUGUAUCCCUUACCACGAAUAUCUCGCUCUGCUCAUUUCUUUUGUAGCUUCCUAUAAAGUUUGUCUUCCUCAUCAGUUUGCAGUGAAGUUUCUUGCUUCCAGUUUUGUGUUAUGUUGUUUAUACAUGUUCCACAAUUAUCUUCCUUAUUAACUUUUUUAAAAAGGUGUACUUCUGCUGCGCUCUAUUCUUACCAUUUAAAAACAAAAAAUUCCCAAGCAUUGCUUUGCGCAACUCUUCAUAAAGAAAAAGUUUUAAUGGUGCCUGUCACUAUUAACAGAAGCUUUCCACCUGCUCUGCCUAACUCUCCACAGCUCUGAGUUGUCCAGCGUCACUUUGCCUGGUCCCUGGCCAUCCUUAGGACAAGCAGUCUCCUGCUUAGCACAGGGUGGGCUUCCAAGAGUUCUUUUGGAAGCAAGUUGCCUGUAAUUCGGAAAUCACUUUCCCAUUGACAUAUGGGGGUACUAGACCUCUAGCCUACAUAUGCUUAAUAUUUGACACAAGAUAAAUCUGACAUACCUACUACAUUUAGUGAAAUUUUUACAGAGAAGGUUGCUCAGAUUUUCAAUUAGGAAUGCCUAUUUAUUGCCUCCCUCUACAGUCCUGGCUGUGGGCAGAAGCAAGGCCUUCACCCUACUUCCCAACAGGGAAAGUGGGGAGUCACCCACUUAGCCCCAAGUUCUUGGGGUGGCUGCAGUUUUUGUACUGAAGUCCCAGAGGUUAGAGAAUUAGGAGUUUUGAGGAAUGAGGUGCAGGGGCCUGUACCAUCUGCACACUUCAGUCCCAGCUGGCUCACUCGCUCUUUCCUGACUUCUCUCUACCCCAGUGAUUGGCCAGGCUUCCUUCCUUUGCACUGUGUCUAUCUGCUAAUCAACCCAGGGUUUCCCUCUUCCAAACCCACUGGGGAACUAAGAGCAGUCCGCAGGAUUCUCCACAUGCACUUUCGCUCUGAAACAUGUUUAUUUUGAUUGUUGACAAUAAUGAUAGAUGUUCAUGAGAAAGAGGCUUCGAUAUCUCCUCCACCUACCACUUUCCAUGGCCCCUGAGGAAAACCAAGGUGAAAAGUUAGGCUUCAAGGAUCAGGGCAAGCUCUAACUGGCUGCUUCCCCAUUCUUGUAAUAGUUCAAAGUCUUGAAAUAUUAGUGCUUGAAAGUCUUUGGGAGCAUAAACUGAGCUUCGUAUUAACAGCUUAUUCAUUUGCUUUAAAAUAGCGAGACUUCUUACGUUUGCAAUCCCAAAACUAACCACUUAUAAUUCAGUGUGGUCAUUUAAACGUGUGUGUGUGUGUGUGUGUGUGUGUGUGUGUGUGUGUGUGUGUGUGUGUGUGUGUGUUUUAACCAUAACAUGACUCUGUCACAUAUUCUCUAGGAGACAUUUUGACCCUUUUAAUUGUUUAGGUUAUUAUACUUCAAGGAUUUAUAAAUGUGCAACAAUUCAUAGAGUGGCAGAAAAGGAUAUAGAGAGACCAAGUUGUUGAGGACAAGAGCUGGAGUUUAGUCUUCCAGAAGUAUUUUUCUUGCCAGAACUGAUCAAAGGAAGAGCCACCAGCACCGGAUAAGAGAUUCUAGCAUUUGGCUGCUUCUCCAAGGCAAGCGAGGUUAGAAGGGAGUUGAGAAGUUAUGUCAUCUUCCACUGCAGCAGAUACCCUUUUUUUUUUUUAGUACUUGAGGAUCCCCUGAAUCACAGAAUUUCUAAAUCAGUCCUGGAUUCCACAAGUGAAGCAGCGGAGGAACCAGGAGGUCAGUGGUGCCCCUCAAAUCCGUGGCAAUCAAGUGGGAGUUCUCAAAAGGCUAUCAAAGGAAGGGGGUUAUGAUAAGGAAAGGCUCAAGACCUGCCUGAGAAGGAUUGAGCAGGGAAAAGCAGAACUGACUCCAUGAUAUGCAGGAUCCAGUACAAAAUGAACAUGUGGGGCUUUUGUGCAUACAGCAGGAAAACAUUGCCUUUACAGGUACUAAAAUGUAAUGUUUUUCCUUUCUUCCAUAGUGUCUUUCUCAACUUGUUAUGGCGGUGUUUUUUAUUUGCUACUUAAUGCUGUUCUAACUAAAAACGUAAAUGUUAAA